UUUCCAUGAUAUAAGUUUGCUAAUAUACUGCUUCUGGUGUGUGUCUCUUUUCAGGCUUCAAUGCAGCAGUUGCUGGGUGCUUCUUUGCCAUUGAAACUGUAUUAAGACCUCUUAAAGCAGAAAAUUCACCUCCAUUUACGACUGCAAUGAUAAUAUUGGCAUCUGUUAUAUCAUCUACUGUUUCAAAUGUUUUACUUGGAGCCAGACCAGCUUUUAUAGUGCCAGCCUAUGAGCUAAAAUCUGCUGCCGGUUGGAAUGGCUGCUACACUAGCUUCAGUCUGUUCAGUCCCAUUGACUUCAGUACUGCUUCUCUUUGAGCUGACAAAGGAUUACAGGAUUUUGCUUCCUCUCAUGUGAACAAGGGAGAAUAUUGUGAACUGAAGGUCAUGUAUCAGCGAAAAGCAGGCUUUCCUCUUGUAGCAAUUGUGCACUGAAAAACUACAGUGCCCUUAUGACACCACAACAGUAAGCAAGACUACAUGACAUCUAUGCGAAAUGCAGCUAGCCAGCUACACUGAUGUAGAGAUCAUUCAGGUUCUAAGCAUGAGCAAGCUGGGUUAUGAUGGUGUUGUGGCACUGCUGGUUGCUGAUAUAUCACUUUCAAUCGGUCCUGACCAGAUUGAAGCUCUGUAUCAGUAUGCCAAAUUUCAGUUUGAGUGUGGUAACUACUCAGGGGCUGCUAAUUACCUUUACCAGUAUGGUGCUUUGUGCACAAACAGUGAGCGAAAUGUGAGUGCCCUCUGGGGAAAGCUGGCAGCAGAAAUCCUAAUGCAGAGCUGGGACCUAGCUUUGGAGGAACUCAACCGCUUGAAGGAAAUAAUUGAUUCAAAGAACUUCUCAUCACCUCUGAAUCAGCUCCAGAACAGGAUAUGGCUGAUGCAUUGGGCUCUGUUCAUCUUCUUUAACCAUAUCAGGUACUUGAAUGCUAUACAGACAAAUGCACACCAUCUUAUUAGGUAUCUAGCUACUGCAGUUGUUGUCAACAAAAGGAGAAGGAAUAUGCUUAAAGAGUUGAUUAAGGUCAUUCAACAGGAGCACCAUAGCUACAAGGAUCCCAUAACUGAAUUUCUGGAAUGCUUAUAUGUUAACUAUGUAGUUGUGGGCUUUUGAACAAUAGCUGGAGUGAUAUGAAACAUUAGUGAUGUAGUUGUGGGCUUUUGAACUGCUUCAAGCUGGAGUGAUGUCGUUGUGGUGCUUUUGUGACUGAUCAUCUCUGGAGCUUUUGUGAAUGAUCUAGCUAGCUAUCUGUAAAUGAUCUAGUUGUGAAUGAUAUUAUAAUUGUGAUGCUUUUGUGAAUAUAUAAUUGUGGUGCUUUUGUGUUUA